AUGCGCAUCAACCUAUGGCCCAGCAAUUCCACCUACAGGAAAGUGUUCGCUCCGCCGAUCUCCCCUUCCCGCUUUAGGGGGAGUCCCAGGAGUCGCGAACUCGGGGCCGGGGGCGCAGAGAAGAGGGGACUCCCUGCUGUGCCUCCGGCGUCUAGGGCCGAGCAGGCAGGAACCCCCGCCAGGGUGGUCCCACGCCAAGGCAGAGGGAGCGGGCAGGGCCUGCCAGCGUUCCCCCCGGGGGACAAAGGUUGGGCUCACGCCCUGCGCCGCCAGCCCGCGGCUCCCGCCGCCUGGAGACGCCAGCAGAGCAGCCGCCGGUCCCGCCCGGGCAGUGCGAGGGGCGGGUGGGGGAGGGGACAAGCCCCGCCGCCCCUCCCCCGACGCGCUCCCGGGGACCUGUUGAUUAAGAUCUCUGCACAGAGCCGCCGCUGGUCCUCUUACCUCUGCGCCACGGCGGCCGGCGAUCCUCCCGCCCCGGCCGCUCCCACACACUGCACAAACGACAGCUCCCCUGCGGCACUUAAAAUACCGGAUAAAGAACCCAGAAACUCCCGAUUCCCCACCUCACAAUCCUUAGACCCCGCCUGCGCCCCACCGCCAGUCGCCGCCGUCACCGCCGCCACCGCCGCCAGCAACUCCGCCUCGAGACCGCGCGAGACCGGCCCCCGCGGCCGCCGCGAGACCGCGCACGCGCCCCCGGCACGCUGGCGCAGCGGGCGCGCCUAUCCCAGUUCCCUCCUCGGCGCGCCCCGCCCGCUGCUAGGCCCGGAGGCUGGCGCGGUUCGCCCAAUCCCGCGCCGGCGUGGAGGGAGGGCCCACUCUUUGGUCCGCCCCGCAGCCCCGAGCCGUGGGUCGCGCGCACUCGCGCGCCUCUAAGUGAGACGCGAGCUGCUUUUUGCUCGUCCGCGUGAGGCGACCGCUUUGAGGUUGAGCCGCCCGGCCGAGCCGUGUGGGGACGUGAGAUUUCCCUGAGACUUAGUCCGACGUGGGCUGUAGUCGGGACAGCCCUUGACCUUAGUCUCCCUGACUGCCCGUCAGUCAGCUCCUGAAAAAAAUCUGAUUCCCGUUGAGGCAACUCCAGUGUUCUGUGAGGCACGUCACACAAUCUAACAUUUGUUUAAAGAACCAUGACAUACUUAAACACCUGGAUAUGCGUAGCGUCCCACAGAAUUCUCUGUUACGGCAGAAAACCAAAAAGCUAGCAGCUAGGACCGAGUUCUGAAAAACGGAAAGGAAGAAGGGCCACAGCUGUUUCACAAAACUCGAGUGAAUGCGCUUAGUUACCUGGGCCACCCCGUAUGCAGUGCAAGGAAAUCCACAAAACGUCUCCAGGACUCCUUAGAAACGGUUAGUCACAUCCAAAAAGGAAAUAAAAAAGGCGUGUAUGUGACCUAUUUUCUCUUAAAUACGUAAAGUAAAUAAUAAUUCAAGAAGCUUCCUCUAAGCUCCUCAGUGAGUUCUUCCUCUGGCACAGGGUUUCCCAGUCUUAGCGCUAUUGAAUUUGGACCAGCUAAUUUGUCAUGGGGGCUGUUCGGUGCAUUGUAGGGUGUUUAGCAGCAUCCCUGGUCUCUCCCUAUUGGGUGCCAGUAGUACCACUACCCCCAUUGGUGACCAGCAAAAUGUCUCUAGACGUUGCCAAAGGUCCCCUGGUGGCAAAAUCGCCUGCAGUUAAGAACCACUGAUCUACCUGUUCAGAGAAAUGGCCCCUUAGGAAGAUAGUCACUCUUUACCCAUAUCUUCCAAUUGCCUGGCCCCAAGCAGGUUUACAAAACACCACCGCCCAAAUGAACCCUCCAGCUACCUAGCCUUGCUUCACCAGCUGCUUGGACUCCUCUGUCACAGGACCCCACCCUAAUAGAAUGGCGAUCACUAUCUGUGUGAGAGAGCAGCUACUGAUCUCAAAAUAUGGGGAAAUACCUUUCUAAAGUGCUUUCCAAAUAUUAUUUUUACUUCCUAAAGGUAUUUUCGUUUUAAAAGAGGGUGGACCCAAUGGCAGAUAAAAAAAAAAAAAUGUAUUCUCUGCUAAAUAUUACAUUCCCAGAAUCCCCAAAUCAUUCAAAUUACUAUCCUUGUGUGAAGAAGAAGAAGAAGAAGAAGAAGAAGAGGAAAAGGUAUAGAAAGUGGAGCUCAGGUCAUGAACUCAUAGAGAGAGACAGAGACGCAGAAUCUGAAGCAGGAUCCAGGCUCUGAGCUGUCAACACAGAGCUUUUCUCAGGGCUCCAACCCACAAGCGGUCAGAUCAUGACGUGAGCCGAAGUCAGAUGCUCAACUGACUGAGCCACCCAGGCACCCCUUCUAUUUCAUUCUUGAUUGUGGAAAUGGGAAAGAAAUGCCUUUUACCUCUGGAGCAAAGAUAAGAGGAGGAGUAAUUCCCUGGGAUUGUGAGCCGAGGGGAAUGGAAAGAGGAUUUUCCUGUCCAAUAGAAAUGUAAUGUUAGCACAUAUGUAAUUUUGUGAGAUAUUAUUUAGUAGCUAAUGAAGAAAGUAAAAGGAAACAUGAAAUUAAUUUAUAAGUUUUAACCUGAUAUAUCCAAAAUACUGUAAUUUAAACACAUAAUGAAUAUAAUUAUUGAGAUAUUUUCUUAUUUUUUUUGUACUAAGUCUUCAAAAUCUGAUGUAUAUCAUAUACUGAAAAUAUAUCUCAAUUCAGGUGCUAAAUUUUCAACAGUUAAAGUGAAAAAAUGUAGCCAUACCAAAACAAUAAAUUUAUGUUUAAUGAAAAAAUAUUCUAUGCUGCUUCAGCUUUUAAAUUUAAAUUUAAUUACAAUUAAAAGAAAUUUAAAAUUAAGUUUCUCAGUUGCACUAGCCACAUUUCAAGUGCUCAGUGGCCACAUAGACCCAGUUGCUACCAUACUGGACCAUAUAGUUCUAGAGAUUUGUCUGUGGGACAAGAAGGAGAAAAUGGAGGUGAGACAUAUUCCUUGUUGCGACUCAGGACACAGUAGAAAUACCAGUACAAUUUGUGUGAAAUUUGAGAGAGAGAGAGAAAGAGAGAGAGAGAUCUUCUAUGUAUAUAUCUUUUUUCCCCAGCUACAUGAUUUUGAACAAGUAACUUGGGUAAGCUCUACUUUCACCACCUAUCUGUAAAAGAGAAAAGUAAUAAUACCCCUUUAGAUUGUGAAGAUUGAGAAAGCAUGCAAAGCACAUUGUAGAAUGACUGGCAGCUUUUUGAAAAGGAGUAAGUGGUGGCUUUUAAAAAUCCAAACUAUUCUUCAGAUAGGGACUGUAUGUAAUUCUUUUUCUAUAUUUAAAAGCAUAGGAGUUUUAGGGGUGCCUGGAUGACUCAGCUGGUUAAGCGUCCAGCUCUUGAUAUCAGCUCAGGUCAUGAUCUCAUGGUUCAUGGGACUGAGCCCCACAUUGGGCCCUGUGCUGAUAGCAUGGAGCCUGCUUGGGAUUCUUUUGCCCUCUCCUGUGCCCCUUCCCUGUUGUGUAUUUGUGCGUGUGCACUCUUUCUCUCAAAAUAAAUAAACUUUUUUCUUUUUUUUAAGUAUAGGAGUUUUAAAAAACCUGUUUGGAAGUGGCAUUCAUUGAUUCAGCAAAUACUGUCUCUCAGGCCAUGUGCUCAACACUUAGAACACAAAGACUUAAAGACUAUGGUCCCCCUUCAAGGACCUCAUAGUGCUUAAUGUUAGAAACAACACAGAGUUGGGCUAAUGUCCAAGUGACAAAAGUAAAACCAAAGAGAAUAACAAAUUUAACCAAUAACUCCAAAGCAAAGAAGCCCUAUAGAUAAAAAUUGAGUUUAUAAUUUGAAAACCUUAAUAGUUCUGUAUGUUUCUCUACUUUUCCUUUAAAACUGAUAUCCCCAAUUAUGAUAAUCAAGAUGUAAGAAAUUAGAUCGGCAUGGAUUUAAAUACUUAAUGAUUGAUUAGUAGUAGCCUUUAUUUCUGCCACAUGGAAGACACUGCCUUGUUUUUCUCUUCUGUUGGUUAUUAUUUCUUGAGUUGUUCUUAUUUUUUAGUUUAGUAGUUUGUAUUUAUCUGCCAAAAAGAUGGAAAAGUCAGUUGAAUUCAAAGGUCUAAAACACAAAAUAUUUUUGAAGUUAUUACUGUUAAGUGUAAAACAUUAAAAAACUAAAUAUAAGUAAAAUAAGUGAUUGAAAUAAGUAAAAUUGCAUUUUUAAUAUAGCUUCUCUUCUUAAUCUAACAGUAAAGAUCCUUUGGACAGAUAAGAUCUCAUUUUUUAAAUCUAGAGGUUGAAGUGAUGUUAAAGGAACCUCUUAUAAUUUCUUAAAUUUUUUGUUUUUAAAGGUUGUUUCUACUCAUAUAAGAAUCUAAUAAAUCAAGAUGCCAAGAUUAAGAUUAUGGGCUUUAGUCUUUAAAAUUUAUAGAUGUGUCACUGAAUUAUUUGCAAGUCCUUGAUCUGUCCUAGUCUGAGUCCUAAAAUAAAUCAUAUAUAUAUAUUUACAUACACAUAAUAUAUGCUCACUAUAAAUAAGGGGCCAAGUAACUUUCCUACUUUUUCAGUUGUGAUAAUAUGAAGUCUUGAUUAGUACCCAAAAUUUUUCACCAUCAAAAAAAAUCAUCUGGGGCACCUGGGUGGAUCAGUCGGUUAAGCGUCUGACUUCAGCUCAAGUCAUGAUCUCACAGCUCAUGAGUUUGAGCCCCAUGUGGACUCUGUGCUGACAGCUCAGAGCCUGGAGCCUGCUUCAGAUUCUGUGUCUCCUUCUCUUUCUGCCCCUCCCUGCUCAUGCUUUGUCUCUCUCUCUCUCUGUCUCUCAAAAAAAAAAAAAAAAGAAAAAAGAAAAAAAACUUUUUUAAUCAUCUACUUUUUCUUAUAUAUCAGCAGUUCACAAUUUAAAUAUCUGGGAGCCACUUUUUAAAUUUUAGAAGCCAAGAUUUAAAUAUGGUAUGUAUAUUACUAUUUUUGCCCUUCUUUGCAUUUGCAGAUCUCUCUUCAUAAGACCCUGGGGUUUGAAAUUUCAUCAUUAUAGAAAAUAUCAGUCAAAAGAUGGGAUCAUUGUAGAAUAUUGAGUUAUCUUUAAAUGAAUUUCUCUUUCUAAAUGCUGUAAUAUAUUGAGAAAUGACAGGGGUUGGGACCCUCCCUAGGUACCAACACACAUCACCCUGAGUGCCUCCUUUACUGUCCACCGCCACCAUAGAACAAUACUAAGAGCACACUUAUGGGAGGAAAGAAAUGAUGAAAGAACAGGCCUAGACGAAGGAGUGUGCAGAGAGGCCAGGGGGUAUUGUGCAUGGGCUUUUAUCUUUUGGCUACACUGUUUUCCUCUGGUGCAUUACGUCUGGCCCAUGGUGUGCAUCUGGGUGAGUUCCUAUUAAUAAGUGCCCAAAUGCUAAGCUGACUGUGGUGGCAGAGUGACACAGAAGAGUGGAAAGAUGCGUGGGCACCUCAAUUCCAACAUCAGAGCCCAGAUGAGAUAUGGCCAUGUGGUUCCUGCCAAGGUUGGAAAAGAGUUUGAGGAGGGAACAAAGAGAAAGAAUAGGGAUGAGAAUGAUGGAAUCACUUGUAAAAGCAGCAGCAAGUAAUAUUCUUCUAGUGCCUCACCUGAAGCUCCCCUAAUCCCUGUGCGACAUUACAUUUUGACACUUGAAGGAUUCUAGAGCAGAAACUACAAUGAACCCUCAACAUUCCAUUCCACCUCUAUUGUUACUACAAUAGAAGCAAUAAGAUUCAAUGUCAAAAGAUUCAAUUUAUUGACAACUUUUUGUGAAAGUGUCAUGUCUGUCCUUUAUCAUCUAUAGCAACUUAUAAUUGUAAAAAAUUACCUUUAGGUUGUCUUACAUGUUUUUUUCCAUUGGCCUUUUCUUUUUCUGUUUUACUUUCCUUUCCUCACAUCCAUUCCCCUGAGAAAGGGGGAGACAGAUGAGGCACAAGUUUGAGGGAGGUAAAAGAUUUGACAUGAGAGGAGGGAGCCAGAGGGCGAAAAGAAAAAUAGUGAGGAAAGUGAAAUAGAGAUCAUUAGAGAGGGGAAGUGAAGAAGAAAGAAAAAAAGCCAAAAGCAAGAGAGAAAAGCACAGGAGAAAGAACUCAAUUUGGUCUUAAAUUUAAAAAUGUCUUUAUUUUUCCCAAUGGAGCCCAUUGUUAAAUUUCAGUUUCCUUGUUAGGGUCCUCCCAUCCUUUCUCUUUUUUAGACUGGGUUUCAUAAACAGAAUGAACAUGGCUGCUUAAGAUUGCAAAGAAUUUGAUUUGCAAUAGUUAAGAGGAAAGUGGAAAAGAAAGAUGGAUAUAAAUGGGGAGGAAAUUCCCGGUGUUUGGUAGCAGUUUUCCCUUCUCUAUUUCUUGGAUGUCUAUCCUUUGUCUGAUUGCUUUCCAUCUUGGGAAAAUACUAUAGGGUCAAAGGUAAGCCUAAGUUUGGGCUCAGCGUAAAGAGAUCAACAGAGCUAAAGUGAGUAAAACCUAGAUAGGUAAGAAAUUAAAAGUCAAGAAAAGGGACAGAUGGACCCAGAUCCUGAGAGACAGUGUUAGCCUAGGUUCUUCCUGCAGCCUUUUCAUGAAAACAGUACAUUCAGAGUCCACUUUACCCAAAGCCUUACUCAGAAAGGAGAAAAAGUGUCCUUUUGUCAAACUGCUGAGUGGUUUGAGACAUGAAUAAGAGACCAUGGUCCUCAGGUAGCAUUGCCUGGAGUUGGGUGAAUGUGAAUCUGACCAGGUUAAUAGGACCAGGGUUUUGUUUUAUUGCAGUGGGGAGCAGUUACUAUUCUGGCUACUGUCUAGAAUAGAAAUCAGAUUCACAGACUCAUUUUUAGUCUACAUUUAGUCUAAAUUCAAUGGAACAAGGGAUUAAGAUUCUACUAAUCCUUGCUCUUUUUGGGGUAAAAAGUGUUAAGUGUGAGUAAGGGUAUGAAAGGGCAAAAAGAAGUGAUUUAGAGGACUGUAAAAAGGGGGAAAGAAAUGCUAAGCAGAGGGAAAAUCAAAAUACUAUGCAAGCCUAAGUAAGGAAAAAUGGGAAGACAGGAGAGAAAAGUGGAAAGAAUAAGAAAGUACAUGAAAAAAAACCAGGAAAAAUAAUUAAUACUUUGUGAAAACUGCAAGCCAAAUUUGUAUAUUGUACCAUCCUCAUGAUUUAACAAGCUGAGUGUGACAAACGUCACUGCAUGUUUGCUCUACCUUUGCUUAGCUCCUGAUUCUCAGAGCCCCAUUUUAAGCUGCCUGCUAAAUUUACAAAGAUGGGCCACCAAGACCAUAAACAUGUCAGUUUAUAAAGUCAUAACAGCUGAAAGGGUCUUGAGGCAGCUAACCAUGCCCUCUUCAAUUCCUCACCCAUAUGCACACAUAUUUGGCAGCUGAAGAAGCUUGAGGUCCAGAGACAUUAAAUGACACAUCCGUGGAACAGAGGAAGUGCAGUUAGAACUCAAACCUAGGGCUUUUGAUUCCAGGUGCAGUAUUUAAUAGCUGGUUUCUUCAUCAUUGCCUUCCAGAUUUCCUGUAAUUCAUUUUCCCAGCUUGUUUCAUGGACUCAUUACCUCCUAGUUAAGUUGCCUCUCAAACUCUGUCAUCCUCAGUUGUUGUUGUUUUUUUUUGUUUUUGUUUUUUUCUCUUGUCCCCACAAGUAGUCAGUCCAAUAAAUCUUGUUAACUGCAUAUUCACAUCCUUGUUUCCAUCUGGCUUUUUCCCCCCCCUAGGUUCAAGACUGACACAUUUCACCCCAGACCAUUAUAAUGAUUUCCUACCUGUAGCCUGCUGCAGCUCUCUUAGAGAUUGCAGUCAGAGUAAUCAUUCUAAAACAUAACACUCAUUUCGUUAUUUGUCUUUCAGUGGCUCUUACCUGCCAAAAGGAGGUCUGUACUAUCCAGACUCCUUAGAUGACCCAAGACUUCCAUAAUCUGGAUCCUGCUUUGCUUUCCAGCUGCAUCUCUCACUAUUCCUAAAUUGAAUAUGCCCAACACUGUCUUAUUCUUCAAUUUUGCUCUUACUGUAUCCUGUACCCAGGAUAUUCUUAUUUCCCUUUUCCUAAC